AUGGACAGUAACCCAGAAACAGAUAACAUGCAAGAAAAUAUUACUGAAGAUGGAAAUGUGAAAAAUAUCAACAAUAAUUAUAGAGAAAACGCUGGUAAUAUGGAAACUUCAGAUAAUCAGGGAAAAUGUUCAGAGUGUGACAAACCAAGUACAUCAGGGAAUAUAUGUUGUGAACUUUGUUUGUACCAACACAACAUACGGUCAAACAGACUAGAGGCAAAACGAAAUUUAGAAAAUCAAGCAAAGAAAAUGAAAGCUUUGUCUAAUUCAAAGUUUCCGCCAUGUUCUGUUGGAGAUACAGUGAGAGUGAAAAUUCCAGACGUUGAUAGAGUUAGGGGUGAUUUUAGAAAUAUUCUCAUGACAGUAAUCGAAAAAAUUUACGACGAGUUUUAUAAGCUAGCAAACAAGAGAGGAACUAUCGAGGAGAUGUUUUCCAGGAACCAAUUUUCUGUGUGUAAUGAGAAACUUGUAGAUAUGGAAAGUGUAUCACUGGAGAAGAAAAGUUUACGACAACUUGCAAACCAACAAUCUCUUUUAGGAGGUCAAGGUUACAAACGAUGCAACUGUAAAACUAAAUGCGUGACCAAUAAGUGUAAAUGUAAGGCUAUUGGAAAUCUUUUUAACACAAAAUGUCAUAACAACUUAUCUUGUUUAAACAAAUAUGAUCCAGCUUUACCUGCCAGUUAUUCUCCAUCACAUCGUCCACACCUUUAA